AUGGGUCCCGAAGACCCCCAUCUUCAGGCACGAAGAGGAGGCUGGACCUGGUGGCAGGAAGCCAGAGAGCCUGGGACUAGGCCAGGAGCUCUGAAAUUCGUGGUGGUCUGUCUUCAUUGGGACUCAGGGGCCGUGCUCCGGGCAGCUGAGGGCCAUGGGAAGGGGGUCUGGGCAUUGGGAGUGGGAUGCAGGGUAGCUGCAAUACCCGGGUGCAACUGUGGCACUGGAGGGGGGACCCACGUGCACCCCAGGUGGGAGGAAGAAUGGGAAGGCACACUGCCCAGGAGAAAAUCAAUCCUCUGCUCAAGGUACAGCCGGAGCAGCCUCAUUUCCCUAGGAGGCGGGCUUCCUCCUGCGGGGGAAUCCCUGGCUGGGAGGAGCGGGGCCCUUCCUCUUGGCAGCCUCGGGACGUCGAGCAGGAAGUCCUGCUUGCCAAGUUCAGCACAGGGAGUAGUGAGGCCUCAUUCCAACACACCCGGCCUGGCUUUAACCCCAGCACUCGGCCAGUUUCUUGCUUCUGGUUCUCCUCUCCACCGACCCCCGCCCCUCUUUUCCUGCCUUCAGUCACCCCUGGAGCUUCCCCCGAGACCGUGCCCAUGCCUGAGCCGGGGGGUCUUCCACCCUCACCCCCCGACCCUUGACACUGCCCAGCUUAUCCCCCCAUCCCUGCUCCUGGCACCAUGCCCCAGAGCCAACCAACCUGCCCUCCCCCAACUCUGGGGCCGCCCCUGGGUUCCUGCGCUCUGGCCGCUCCUCCUGGGUGUCACUGGCAGCCCUGUUCUUCCUAGAGAGACUGGCACCAAAUUCUCCUGGGGCUGGGGGCUUCUCAGGACGACACUUGCCCCGCAGCGGGGUGCCGGGAGCACCAACAGUACCCCUAGCUCGCUCUUCUCCUCCCUCCUUUUUAUUCUCAAGUUCCUUUUUAUUUCUUCCUUGCGUAACGCCCUUCUUCCCUUCUGCACCACUGCCUGCACCCCCACCCUCCCGCCAACUCUGUCACCCCACUCCUGA